CAGAGCAGAAGGGUGGAGUUAGAAAAAGAAGAGGUGAAUGAAAGGCCGGCGUGGAGCUGCGAUAUGACAGACUGAGAAACCGAGGCAACAAAAUACAAAUUAAAGAAGAUAAAAACGGUUCUUAGACCCAGAGGAGGAUCUAAACCAGAAGGAGGAAUCGAAGAAAUGGAUCUGCACCAUAAAGAAACAACGUCUGGAGAGAUUCUGCCGGUCGUGAUCAUCGGUAACGGCCCUUCCGGGAUCUGCCUGUCUUACCUGCUGUCAGGCUACGCCCCCUACCUGUCGGCAGAGGGAUGGCACCCGAACCCCCUGCUGCACAGCAAGCUGUCGGAGCGGCCUCACCUGUCGCUGCUGGAGCAGGAUCUGGAGUAUCUCUGUGAGGGCCUGGAGGGCCGGUCGUCCAACCCUGUGGCGGUGCUCUUUGAUUCGUUGCUGCUGCCGGACAGCGACUUCGGUCUGGACCACACGUCGCCCCUGGAGUGGCGGUACGAGCCGGAGCGAGCCGUUCCCCACCUGGUUCUGGGAAAAGGCCCGCCUGGAGGCGCCUGGCAUGCCAUGGAGGGAUCCAUGCUGACGCUCAGCCUGGCCAACUGGAUGGAGCUUCCUGGCCUCAAGCUGAAGGACUGGAUGAGAGACAAGCGCAGAAAUGUGAGAAACGACCGCGCCACCCCGGCAGAAAUCGCCUCCUACUAUGAGCACUACGUAUCCCAGAUGAACCUGGAGCAGAACUUUGCCUGCGGGACCACCGUUACUGCGGUAACCAGGGUGUCCGGUCAGCAGGAUGGGUCGCCGCCCUGCUGGAGAGUGUCAGGACUGCAGCGGAGAGACGGCAAACUUCUAGGUGACGGUUGCUCGGUUACGGAGGAGGUGCCUUUCUCGCUGUUGGCGCACAACGUGGUUCUGGCGACGGGGACGCACGACGUGCCGGCUCGGCUCGGCGUGGACGGAGAGUCGCUGCCCUUUGUCUGCCACUCCUUCUGGGAGCUGGAGGCGGCCAUCGCCCGCGGCGAGCUCGACCAAUCCUCCGACCCCGUGCUGGUUGUGGGGGCGGGGCUUACGGCGGCCGACGCCGUCCUCGCCGCUCACCACCUCAACACGACGGUGUGCCACGCUUUCCGGCGCUCGGUCUCAGACCCCGGGCUCAUCUUCAACCAGCUACCCAAACUGCUCUACCCAGAGUACCACAAGGUCCAUCAGAUGAUGACUCAGCAGCAGCACCAGUCCGACCCUUCGGAUUGGGCCCGGGAUCUUCGCCGUGCUCCUUCCUCCUCCUCCAGUUCGCCUUCCUCCUACCCCGGCUACCUUAGCUUUCCCUGCCACCGGGUCGUCGCCUUCCGGCCCGACCAGAAGUGCGUCCUGGAGUCGGACUCCGGUGAGCAGACGGUGGUUCGGGUCUCCAAGGCGCUGGUUCUGAUCGGCGCUCAUCCGAACCUCUCCUUCCUUCGCGACAACGGCCGCUCGUUAGGCAUCGACCCAGAAGAGCCGAUUUCCUGCCGGAGAAACCCGAUCGACGUGGACCCGUUCACAAACAUGGUUCUGGCGGCGGACGGGCCAGGAAUGUACGCCAUGGGCCCGCUGGUCGGGGAGAACUUUGUCCGGUUCCUGAAAGGCGGGGCGCUGGCCAUCGCCGGGGAUCUGUGGAAGCGGCGCAGCGGCGGGCAGGAGGCCGUUACGCCGGACAGCCGGGUCAACCGCCAGACAGACGCCCGGGUUCUGAACUCUUAGCUCGGAACCGAGGCGAAUGGACCGACUCUGGAACCCGAGUUCAUCUGGACCUGUUGUGGGAUCAGCUGGAGAAACGGCAGCAGAACGUUUCUGUUUGGACCCGAUUUGUAACCAGAUACCAGAACGGUUUUCUGUAAAUUUUAUGAUAAUCCGUUUUUUACUGGAAAUAUUUAAGUUUCUUCCAAGUUUUUAAAUUAUUUAAACGUUUAGGAUCUGUUGCUAACGGCGACGUUUUAGGGCCAGAACAAGAGAACAAAAUUUUUAUUGCAAAAAUAAAGUUAUGCGAUUUAAAGUCGCACAACAAAGUCAAAAUAAUAAUAGAGUUGUAAUAAAGUCCCAAUUAUAAAAAGUGUUAAUACAACAGCCAUAUUUACGAGAAUAAAGGAGCAACAAUACGUAAGAAAUGCAUCAAAAGUAAAUAUAAAAAUAAAGUAAUAUAUUAUUAAAGCCGUAAUAAUACAUGGAUAAAAUUGAUCCAAAACGUAUUUUGUCUGGCCCUAAUUCUGUUUAAGCUGACAAUCCAUAUUAAUAUUUAAAGUUUAAUUGGUUAUUUUUACUGCAGCUUCCGGUCUGUUUUUAAGCCACUAAUCUGUUAAACGUCUGUUUUUAUAGCACUUUAUUAUAUCUGUGCUGCUUUUUAUUUCAUGUUUAAUCUUGUAACCUAAUGUUUUCUUUAUAAAAAUUGUUUUCUAUUCAUUGAUUUUAUUAAGCAAAAAUCAGUAAAAAAAAAAAAAAUUCCUUUCUAUCCUAUUUUUUUUUUAUUCUUUAAGGUGUUCGAUUAGUUAAAUCAAGCCAUAAGAAGACUUUUAAAAAUCAAAAUUUUUAUAUUUAAUUUUUCAUCCUUGUUCAAUAUUUUUCUCACUUUCAAAUAUUUUAUUUACACAUUUUUGUACUAAAGCAAUAAUCAGCAUUAAGGUUCAACUGAACAUAUAUUUACAUCCAAAACGUACUUUGGCAUUUUUUUAAAUUAACAUUUAUUUUCCGUUUCCUUUGGGCUCUGUGGUCGGUUAUCAGACUUUUGAAACAUGCUAAAUGUCAUAAUUUAUUGAUGAUGUUAUAUGAUGUUAUUGAAGAUGUUAUAACAAACAUUAGAUUUUAUAACUUCCAUUUCCUGUAAGAAAAAUGUUGUAAUAUUUCUUAAUUUGGUGUAAAAUUAUCCUAUUUUAGGUUUUUGGGUUUUUGAAUGCUGCAGUAGGUUUUGUGUGUAAAUGUUAAGAUUCAGUUUAAGUGCCUUAAAACAUCAUUGGAUUCUUACAGAAUCGUCUCCCGUUUGAGUCAUUAUUGUGCAGAUAAAUCCAGACCUUCUCUGUUUGCAGGUGCUGUUUAUAAUAAAUGGGAAGGUUUGUUCCUGGAAA